UCGCUCUCUCUCUCUCACUCUCUUUUCUUUCCGCGCAAGCCGUAGCAUAUACAUUGAUGUGUACUCUGGAUACAAAGGCCGUCGACACUAGGCCAAAGGCGUCGCUAUUACAACUAUGUCUGACGACCAUGUGCUUUGCCGGCAUUCAAUUCACCUGGACGGUUGAGCUAUCAUAUGGGACACCCUAUCUUUUAUCGCUAGAGUUAUCCAAAGAGUUAACGGCGCUCGUGUGGUUUGCAGCACCCCUAUCAGGCUUGAUUGUCCAACCGCUUGUUGGUGCAUGGAGUGAUAAGCAUACAUCUCGAUUGGGUCGGAGGCGACCGUUCAUCCUCGGUGGUGGAGUGUUUGUUUGUUUAUCCUUGCUUUGUGUUGCUUAUUCCAAACAGAUUGCAGCAAUCUUUGUAACAGAUGAUAAUCCUGCUCAGAGUAAGGUGGCAAUCGCAGUAGCUGUGAGCGCAUUUUACGUGUUGGAUUUCUCACUGAAUGCAGUUCAAGCGUCGUGCCGAUCUCUCAUUCUCGACGUGUUUCCCAUCACACAGCAAGACACGGCGAAUGCGUUUGCAAGCAAUACCCAAAACGUCACCAAUGUGUUUGGAUACUUUAUCGGCUUUGUUGACUUGGUCAAGUAUGUGCCAGGGCUCGGGAAAUCGCAAAUGGAAGCAUUCUGUACAGCAGGCGUGAUUGUAUUUGUAUGUGCUAUAUCUGUAACAUGUUUCGCGGUGAAAGAGGUCCCGUAUCGGAAAACACGAGAUGAGUCAUCCGAACCAUGGUAUCUAAUUUUCGUGUACAUCUGGCAUGCAUUCCGCCAGCUUCCAUCGUCUGUGCAAAAAUUAUGCAACGUGAUGUUCUUUGCUUGGAUGGGAUGGUUUCCGUUUUUGUUCUACAGCACGACAUGGAUCUCUGACAUUUACUUUCAAACGCACGAAAUGGAAGAUCCAGACGCAUGGGACAAAGGAACACGCGCGGGAUCCUUUGCCCUCUUAUUAUACGCAAUAGUCGCAGUCAUUGCUGGAACAGUAUUACCCAUCCUUACGGCCAAUGGGUAUGUUUCGCUGAAAAACACCUACACUCUAUCACAUGUUGUCUUUGCAAUAGCCAUGGUGUCGACCGUGUUUGUGCACACAGUCGCAGGUGCCACCUUUUUGCUCAGUUUAUUGGGUAUCUCUUUUGCAUGUGCCAUGUGGAUCCCGUAUGCUCUGGUCGGCGAAUACCUUGUGGUCGAAAAUAAGCAGCAGCAGGAUGUCGAAGAACAAGUGAUGAUUGUAGAGGAUGGUUGUCGUAUUGAUGGUGAAGAUGGUGUGGAACAAAGUGGCAAUAGCACUGCUCGUCCAAGAACAGCUAGUAGCAACAGCAGCAGCAGCAGCAAGGAUGUAAAUUACGGAGCGACAACAACAGCUGUUGGAUCGUCGUCGGUAUCUUCAUCAUCAUCACAACAAGGACCAGCAGCAGUCCAAACGCAAAAAGAGGAUCAUAACAAGAAAACGAAAUACGAUGCAGGCAUGGUGCUCGGUGUGCUCAACAUGUACGUCGUAUUCCCCCAAUUUGCCGUCGCAAUCAUUUCAGCAGUAAUCUUUGCUAUUGUCCAUCAUCUUCAAUCCAAGAACAAAGACGCGGAGGGCGGCGGCGGAUCACCGGAGGAAGGAAGCAUGGAAGAAGCCGCAGGUGUUGCUUGGGUGCUUCGUUUCGGCGGUCUAAUGGCUGUGAUUGCCGCUGUUUUGAGUAGACGAGUGAUUGAUGUACAAGCACGCAUGUAGCAGCAAUAUGUAUCCAGCAUUAAAAAAGUUGACAUUUUUCAUGCGGCAUAAGAUUUAAAAAAAAUCUUUGGACUGCGUUCAAUUACUCUUUCUUACCUUACC